GGUUAAGUGGCGGCGCGUCCCCGACGGGAGGGGACUCCGCGGCCCCCUGACUUCCGCGCGCCCCGCCUCGCGCGGCGCCGGGCCGCGGGCGUGGGGCGGGGUCUGCGGCGCGCAGUGGACCGGCCGCCUCUCCUUCCCGACCCCCACGGGAAGUCGCGCAGCGCUCGGCGGGCGAGGAGGACGGACCCGUGACGGAGGUGCUGCGCCGCCCGCCUCCCCGAAUGAAAUGAAAUGCUGAGAAAUACAGCUUUCCUAUUCUGAUUUGGAUCUUUAUAAUGGGUAUCGGAAAGUCUAAAACGGAUCCCUGCCCUCUUUCUCUCUCUUGGGGUAGAAGCCACAGUGUGGAUAUGAGUCAAAGACAUCACAAGUCAGAUUCCAAGAAAUCUGAAGAAAUCUCCCUGAGUAAUGCUGCUGCUCAUAGCAAUACAGCGGAGAUGCCAACAGGGGAGCAGGAGGGAGCCAAGGGAGUGGAGGAGAUGCCAGAAGAGGAAGAAGAAGAAGAGGUGUUCCUCAAAUUUGUGAUACUGCAUGCUGAAGAAGACACAGACGAAGCCCUCCGAGUCCAGAAUCUGCUGGAAAAUGACUUCGGCAUCAAACCUGGAAUAAUCUUUGCUGAGAUGCCAUGUGGCAGGCAGCAUUUACAGAAUUUGGAUGAUGCUGUCAAUGGGUCUGCCUGGACAAUCUUAUUAUUGACCGAAAACUUUUUAAGAGAUACCUGGUGUAAGUUCCAGUUCUAUAUGUCCCUCAUGAACUCUGUUAACCGGCAGCACAAAUACAACUCCGUCAUCCCCAUGCGGCCCCUGAACAACCCCCUGCCCCGAGAAAGGACUCCCUUUGCUCUGCGAACCAUCAACGCCCUGGAGGAAGAAAGUCGUGGCUUUCCUACACAAGUGGAAAGGAUUUUUCAGGAUUCUGUGUAUAGGAUACAGCAAGCUAUAUGGAAAGAGACCAGAAAUACGGUACAAAGGCAGUUUAUUGCCUGAGAUGGAACGCACAACACACAGCAGGCUCUUGUUUUGUGAAACAAAUGAUUUAUCUUCACUUGAGAAAGCAGAUUUCUCGGAAGAGUUUAGAUGAAAGAGAACCUUACUCUUACAGAAACUUAUGGAGUCCAAGAAAGAUAAAUUUCUGCAGGACAGUCUAUAGAACUGUGGUACUUUUCGAUGUUUCCAUAAACUUGAAAUUGUCAAAGUUUCAAGAACUCUGUUUCCUCUCAUAGUUUUCCUAGUUCAUGAUUAUAACAAGGGAUAUUUUAAAUUCAUAUUCCUCGUAUUGAACUUGAUCAAAACCUUCUAUGAUAGACAUUUUAAAAAUACAAUAACACUUUGAUUUUGUUCUCAAAGGAACCGCAGAAAAAAAUGGCCUCGAGAGAUCCAACCGCCCUCACUUUCGAGGCACCUCUCAUGAAUGUUGCAAUAAAGCAUUCCCGGUGUUGUCACCCAGAAAUAGGGAUAGCCAGACUAGAACAUUUAGAAUGUUGAGUGCGGAAAAAUAUGAAACCCAAAAUAGAUGCGAGAAUGGUAGGGCUCUUUAAAAGAAUCCAAUCAAAUGUGUUUCCUUUCUGCUGGAAUUUGUAUAUUUGGAGGCAGUUCCCACCACUGAUUAGUGGCCCAUUUGAUGGUAUUGUGGUCAGGGACUUCGUGCCUGGUGUUGACAUGACCCCUGGAGCUGGAAGCUCUCCGUUGUUGGUCAUUGUGUGUGACCAGGAGCUUCUGAAAGGUGUAUGUAUCCUUGGCCAUAUGUUCUCCCUUAAAAUCAAUAACCUCUCCUAUGGCAGCUGUUAAACAUUGGUCUCUCACACAAUGCCCUAUCAAGGAAAUAUUUCUCAGCUAGGUGAUCACAGAGCCUGACUCUGUGUGUGUGUGUGUGUGUUGUAGGUCACUUUCAGACUUGGGAUAGAAGUGGGAGGUGCGUUUUCUGGCAUCCUCUUCUAGUGCCCCACACUCAUAGCAAACCCGAGGCCCCAAGAGGACCGGGUCCUGUCUUUCACAACCCUUCUGCCCCAGCUGAGGUUGAGGGAGAACCAUCAGAUACAGACCAGGGACGAGGCGGAGUGUGAAUCAGGUCACGUUGUAAUGAGAAAAGCAGCAGAUGGGGAUCAGGAGACCUGGUGGUUCUAGCCCAGUCUCUUUCACUGAGGAUGAAUGGGACCGUGGGCAAGCUAUUUACCCUCCUUUAUCUGUGAAAAGAAAGGAUUGGAUUGAUGAAUCUGUAAAGGCCUUUGUCCUCUCCCAGAAUGUGAAUAACUAGGAACCAGAAAAGGGAACAAGCAAAAAAAAAAGGUAGAAUUGUAUAACGUGAUUUUAUAAUAUAAUAGAUGCAGGAGGCUUCAUAUAUAUGCUCACAAUGAAAGGCUACUGUAUAUGUUUACAGUAAUUGAUUUCUGAUGCUUCCCAUUACACUUUUAUAGUCACAGAAAAAUAUUACAAUACGUGCUUACUCAGAUUUUUUUUUUUUAAUUUUUAAAAUUUUUUCUAGGAACCCUCGAGGAAAAACAUUCUGCCCUGUUUUUCUUUCUCUUUAUUCCCACUUCUACAUAUCCCCUACUAACACUAGGGUCUGCUCACAGCUUUCUACAGUCCGCCUCUUCAUAGUCAUGAAUCAACACGUUUCGUAAUCCUGCAAAUAAGUCAAACCUCCCCCACUACUAGUACUUAUCAAAGAUGAGAUUCUUCUCAUUGUGUGGUGACUUAAAGUUCCCUUCUAUCAUAUUAGCGUACUACUCACUUUUUUUUUUCAGUUCUAAUGAUAAGCAUUCUUUUUUUUUUUUUUUUUUGCCACACUGCUUCCUGUAUCUCCAAUUUCAUAUACAAAUAAAACAUUAACCACCUGCCCUGCCUGCCUGCCAAAGUUGGAGCCCUUAAUGCUGGAUGGUAAUUUUUAAAUAAGUGUUUUUAUUUUUUACCUUUGACUAAUAAGCUUGAUUAUUUCCAAGUCCAGUGAAGAUUGUGGAAAAGUGUUUUGAAAAGAGGCAUCAAUCUGUACUCCUCCACAGAGCACCAGGCACAAUGUCUCACUCGAUUUGGAGUUACAUAUAUAUAUUUUUAUGAUGAAUAAAAAUGUUAAGUACUGAAUAACUGUCUAUGCUGAAAUUAACUGUCAUAAUAAGGGAUUAUCAAAAUAGCUAAACUGAGGAUGAGAAGAGGUAAAGGUGUGGCCCUGGUCGUGUGAGUGUGUGUAUACGCAUGUACACGUGUAUAGAUUUAGACUUACAGGGAAAUUCUGUAAAAUUUUGCCACAUGCUGGAGAGCAUCCAUUUUGAUCGUCUGCGGGUCUCAUUGCCCAGCCUGGAGCUUCACAGAAGAACUUGAGUUGUGCCUUGUGUGUCAGGAUUCUUUCAGCUGUAAGGAACAGAAAAGCCAAUGCCAUGUGACUUUUGCACUAUAAGGAAAACUUACUAUCUAACCUAACAAGAGGUCCCCUAAGGUAUGGUGCCUCAAAGGUGUCAUUAAAAACCCAGUUCUUGGGCUUCGCUGGUGGCGCAGUGGUUGAGAGUCUGCCUGCCAAUGCAGGGGACACGGGUUCGAGCCCUGGUCUGGGAGGAUCCCAUAUGCCGCGGAGCAACUAGGCCCGUGAGCCACAAUUACUGAGUCUGCGCUUCUGGAGCCUGUGCUCCACAACGAGAGGGGCCGCGAUGGUGAGAGGCCCGCGCACCGCGAUGAAGAGUGGCCCCCGCUCGCCGCAACUAGAGAAAGCCCUCGCACAGAAACGAAGACCCAACACAGCCAAAAUAAAUAAAUAAAUUAAUUAUUUAAAAAAAACAACAGUUCUUUAUAUACAGUGGAAUAUUGUGCCACCUUGAAAAGAAAUAAAAUUCUGUUACAUGCUAUAACGUGGAUGAACCUUGAAAACACAAUGCUAAGUGAAAAAAGACAGACACAAAAUGACACAUAUUGUACGGUUCCAUUUAUAUGAGUUACCUAGAGUAGGCAAAUUCAUAGAGAAAAAAAAGAGAGGUGACCAGGGGCUGCGGGGAGGGAAGAAUAGGGAGUCAUGUUUCAUGGGUACAAAGUUUCUGUGUGGGAUGAUGAAAAAGUUCUGGAAAAGGGUAGUGGUGGUGGUUCUAUGACAUUGCAAAUGUAUUUAAUGCCCCUGAAUUGUAUGGUUAAAAUGGUAAAUUUUAUGUAUAUUUUACCACAGUGAUUUUUUAAAAACCCAUAUGGUCUUUCCAUCUCUUUGCUCUGCCAUCCUCAGUGUCCCAGCUGGGCUUUCCUUAGAGUUGUACUAUGGCUGCACCAAUGUUAGGCACAGAUAUUGAAGCAUGCAGCCUAAUAAGACAGUGGGAGUGGUUCACCCAAGUGAGGAAAAAUAUUUCUUCACUGCAUUGUUGAAAAUUGCUUAUGGUGAUAAUAAAAAGC